CCGUUGUAGAAUUUCUCGUCGAAGAAAAUGUUGAUCGUAUCCAUACCACUGCCUAGUUGAUUUGUCUACAAAAUUACAAAGUCAGAUGAUCAAAAUGUUCUGGGAAGUAUGUCUUUCUGAUGUUCGUUACGUCGAUUUACCUUGUACAAGUUUAGGAACAAUUCUGGCACACCAUUUAAAGUGGACCUUGUUUCAGAAAAACAAUACUGCGAGGAAUCUUACAACUAGAAUAUUUUGCCCCGACGUCUUAUCCAUAUGAUUAGUUCUACGUUCAUUUACAACUUCAAAGUAAGUGGUAAAUGUUCGUACUUGAACUUGAACUUCAGUUGAAACUUCUUUCAUCGCACGCAUAAAUUCUACUUUUGUACAGUAUCUCCAGUCGUUGUCAAAAAGACAAUUUUCUUGGUAAAAAGUUGACAGCUUGGUCGAAAAAAUACGAGACAUGUGAAACCCGUCAACGGUGAGUCAUCAGCUCUAUUUCAGCAAAACAGAGUAUCUUACUUUUCGUCGGAAUUAUGAAAAGAAAAACAAGCCCACUUUGGGACAAUGCUCACUCAACAGACCACAGUCAAGAAGAUGCGAUGACAUUGCUACAUCAGAAAUAUCGUUCGAGGAUACAGGUUUUCCCUGUGGACGGCGAAUAACCUCGUAGCCUAUAAUCCUGAUUCACGAGCACCAAUGGUAGUCGGCUGGACGAGGAAGGAAUGCGGUGUGUGGAAUACUCCUUUGUGUGCCUCAAGGACUUAUCUUCAUAGCCACGCUCGCUGCUUAAUCCGUCAUCAAACAAAUACGGCUUUGUGAUUUCUUCGUUCAAGAAAGAUCUGUAAGAUCAAUCUACGCGAUGUUGAUGCGCUUCUGGACAUCAGUGUAUCCCCGAUUUGCAGCUCGUAUGCAGCAAUGUUGUAGAAUUUUUCUUGACCAGCCAGCCUGAAGAGACAGAAACUCCGAAACCAGCGCAUCCUGUACGCAGAAGGAAACAAACUUCCGUGUGAAGGAUUGCUGAGAAUUUCCUACAUUUUUCUCUCGGACUAUUGAAAAUACCGAUAUCUCUUUCUCGCAUUGUUCUCCAGUAUGAAAAAUCCUCGUAUUCUUUAGCAAUGCUCCGCGCUUCUGUAUUUGGCAAUGCCGCGGAACACUUGGACACACCGAAAGCAGUGUCUUAAAAAACACUUACACGAUUUGCUUAGGAGCAGAGGGAGCCACUUCUGUUAUCAAAGCUGCCGAGUUGCCUUUCCAUAUCCAGAAAUUGACGGGAACAAAUGGAGGAAAUUAAGGCUCUUAGAUUUGUUGGGUGUCCAGCGGUAUUGUUUCUCGUAAGCAUCUGAUCAGAAGCAUCCCACACUAUCGCUUCCAACCUUUAUCUUCAUCCAACGUCUUCUCCUUCUAAGCUCUAAAUUCGAAGCGAGAGGACACCUCUUUCACGCAGAAAGGGCGACUCUUGUCAUAG